AAAGGGAGUUCCGUGCUCCAUCUUUGGGAUCUUUGGAAAAUUGCAUGAAGCUUUCCCAGAUGACUGUCCAGGGACUUCAACAGUUCAAGUCUCCCCUUUUGCAGCUGCCUCACAUUGAAGAGGACAAUCUUAGGCGAGUCUCCAAUCAUAAAAAGUAUAAAAUCAAAAGUAUUCAGGAUUUGGUGAGUUUGAAAGGUUCUGAUCGUCGCAAUUUACUGCACUUCCUAGAAGAUAAGAAAUACGAUGAAGUUAUGGCUGUCCUUGGCAGCUUUCCGUAUGUCACUAUGGAUAUAAAACCACAGGUUUUGGAUGAUGAAGACAGCAACAAUAUUACAGUAGGUUCUCUUGUCACUGUUCUGGUCACACUAACAAGACAGACCAUGGCAGAAGUAUUUGAAAAGGAACAGUCUAUAUGUGCAGCGGAAGAGCAACCAGCAGAAGAUGGGCAAGGAGAUGUCAACAAAGUUAAGAGCAAAGGAUGGCAACAAAAGAAUAAAGGAACCAAGAAAGCUUCAAAAUCAAAGAAGAAGAAGCCGUUGAAAAAGAAACCUGUGCCACCUUCAUUGCAGCCACCGAAACAGCAGAAGCAAAAACAAGCUAAUGGGGAAGUAGUUGCGAAGGAAGAAGAGGAGGAGAUCUCUGAUAAAGGAAGUGAAUCUGAAGAAGAAGAAACAAACAGGGACUCUCAAAGUGAAAAAGAUGAUGGAAGUGACAGAGACUCUGAAAGAGAACAAGAUGAGAAGCAAAACAAAGAUGAUGAAGCUGAGUGGCAAGAACUACAGCAAAGUAUACAGAGGAAGGAACGAGCGCUUCUUGAAACGAAGUCAAAGAUAACGCAUCCCGUUUACAGUCUUUUUUUUCCUGAGGAAAAACAAGAAUGGUGGUGGCUAUAUAUUGCAGAUCGGAAGGAGCAGAUGCUAAUAUGUAUGCCAUAUCACGUUUGUACACUAAAAGAUAAAGAAGAGGUGGAACUGAAGUUCCCAGCACCAGGCAAGCCUGGAAACUAUCAGUACACGGUUUAUUUAAGAUCGGAUUCAUAUAUGGGAUUGGACCAGAUUAAACCAUUGAAGCUGGAAGUUCAUGAAGCAAAACCAGUGCCGGAAAAUCAUCCACAAUGGGAUACAGCAAUAGAAGGUGAUGAGGACCAGGAAGACAGUGAGGGCUUUGAAGACAGUUUUGAGGAGGAAGAGGAAGAGGAGGAAGAUGAUGAUUAAACAGUGCUAUUGAUUGACUAGAAUAUUUGCACACACUGCAAACUCUUGGUCUGUCUGUGGAACUGUACAAUAACCAAGAAACACAGUACGGAAGCUUUGAGAAGGCUGAGUUUAAUUUUUCUUUACCAAUUAAGAGUGCAUUAUGUAACUUCUCAGUGGAGGUGAAACAAAUCUGUUGCCAUUGAUACACCUUGGAAUAUGCUUAUGGCUCAUUAUAGCCUUCAAGUGCAGGAUGGUGCAUUUGUUUCAACUGAAAAUAAAAGCUUUUUUAUUAUAAAUGUCUGAAAGUGUGGGCUAUGUAUUGUCUGAUCAGUUUAGGGUCCAAUUUAAAUAAAAGGUACUAUUAGCUAGGAGCAAACUUUAAAUCAAUUUUUCUGCAUUAGGAAUUUAUUUUAGAAAACGUUUUGGUAUAUUUGAUGUUACAAAUCUCUGUUGAUUGCACCAACAUCUGCUCAGCUUUCAAACUUGAUUGGUUCUGUGGGAUUCAUUAAAUAUUUUGCCGUGAUACUGCUCACAUCAUUCAUAGCUUUAAAAAUCUGUUUUACUUAACUUGGUCAUUAUAAAUUGGCAUCAUACCAAUUGCCACUUUCCAUGUAUUCCGGAGGGCUGCUUUUUUAGGACUGUUGCUUUUGUAUGCCCAAGAUUAUAAUGGAAAUCAUAAACUUUCUUGACUCUACCAUAGGAUACUUAUUAAUGGCUUAAAACAUUUUUAAGCCUUUAUUUCAUCAGAUCAGCAGAAGAUCUGAGUCUUUUGAUAAACGAAAUCUCUGAAAGCGAUUUUGGGACCACGUGUUGUGUAAGUUAGUGGCUUUUGUGUAAUACCUUUAUAAAGGUACAUGCUGAAAGCCGAAGUAUAUUCUUAACUCUGAAUUUACCUGACACUGUUGGAAACAUUUUAAGGGUAAAAUACAACAUGCAAAGAGGGCAUGUUUUGUAUCAAUUUUGAAUUCCCAUCAAUAAACUGGACAAUUUGAUGGC